GUUUUUGACUUGAAGGUAUUUUUUGACAAUUCCAUCUCCAAUGGCAGAGCCAUGGAGGACGUAUCCUUCUCCGUCCUUGAUUAUCAGUACUUGAGGAGUGGUAUUGCCUCUCUUUGGCUCGCCAAUCAGGUCCAAAGUAUCGAAGAGUUUUUGAUACUCAUAUCCUGAAGCAAGGUUGACUUCUCCAUAUUUAUAGUUCUCAUCCGGAAGCUUUUCAGUCAAAGCGUUCUUGAUCUUGUCUCUCACUUCAACAUAAUUAUCUCCUGGCUGGAAGAAGCUGAUAAUGUAGAGGUCCUUACUCUCUCCUUGAAUGUUUAUGAGCACGUCUUCUCCUGUCGAGUGCUCGAAUCCUUCUGUUGGAGGAGGGUCCUCAGCCAGGACGGCGAGUGAGAAAAGAGCCAGGAAUAAUAAGGUAGUUGCAACCUUCAUAGUUUUGAAAAUAUUA